GUCCCUUGGUUCCACCCCCUACCCACCUCUGAGCACCGUCCCUUGGUUCCACCCCCUACCCACCUCCGAGCACCGUCCCUUGCACCGUCCCUUGGUUCCACCCCCUACCCACCUCCGAGCACCGUCCCUUGGUUCCACCCCCUACCCACCUCCGAGCACCGUCCCUUGGUUCCACCCCCUACCCACCUCCGAGCACUGUCCCUUGGUUCCACCCCAGACCCACCUCUGAGCACCGUCCCUUGGUUCCACCCCCUACCCACCUCUGAGCACUGUCCCUUGGUUCCACCCCCUACCCACCUCUAAGCACUGUCCCUUGGUUCCAACCCAGACCCACCUCUGAGCACCGUCCCUUGGUUCCACCCCAGACCCACCUCUGAGCACUGUCCCUUGGUUCCACCCCCUACCCACCUCUGAGCACUGUCCUUUGGUUCCACCCCCUACCCACAUUGAGCAC